AUGUUUUCGGCCAACGCGCUACUCCAAUCGCCCUACACCAUCACGAUUCCGGUUGAUCACCAUCCCGUGAAGUUUGGAAUCGACACUGGCUCAGCUGUUACUCUCAUCAAUGAGGCCUCCCUUCGGAAAUUACUCUCCCUCCUUCCGGCCAGCUCAAUAUUCCGCAGUUACACCGGACAGAAUAUAGAGGUUCGAGGGGUCUUUACAGUUGAAGUCAAACAUGAUGGAGAACUUCAUUACUUGCCGGUUCAUGUGGUGAGAGGAAGCCAGUAACCAAAUCUCCUUGGACGGAAUUGGAUUAACUGCGUGCCUUCUGUGCUAUCCUAUGUACAUCGGAUUGGUGUAAAUCCGGCUUUAGAUUCAAUUUUGGUAAAUCAUAAGGAUCUACUUCGUGACGAUUCUGCUACCCACUACCGCGGUCCACCUGGUAAGUUCCAGUUUCAGUCAGAUUUCCGGCCCCGGUUCUUCAAAGCUCUUACAGUCCCCUAUGCAGUCGCACCGAAGGUCGAAGAAGAGCUGGAUCGCCUACAGAAUGCGGAUAUUAUUGAGCCCGUGCAAUACUCGGAAUGGGCAGCCCCAAUAGUUCCUGUUCUUAAAUCCGAUGGUUCUGUGCUUAUCAGUGGUGACUACAAGCUGACAAUCAACUCAGCAACUAAACUGAACCCUUAUCCUCUCCCGCGCAUCGAGGAUCUGUACGCAUCUCUCUCGGGUGGUCAUCAGUUUUCAACUUUGGACCUUAAGCAUGCCUACAACCAAGUCGUCCUAGAUACUGAAUCCCGAGACGCCACCACCAUCAAUGCGCAUCGAGGUUUAUUUCGAUAUAAAAGACUUCCACCACAAGGCCGACAGGCCAUCCUCAGAGACCUGCAUAAUGCUCAUACUGGUACAGUGAGAAUGAAAGCUCUCGCCCGCAGCUAUGUUUGGUGGCCCAAAAUUGACGCAGAUAUAGAAAACGUGGUGAAAGCAUGUCACGUGUGCCAAAUAACACAGAAGACCUAACCGAAGGUUCCUCUGAAGCCUUGGGCCUGGCCCGACUCGCCGUGGAAGAGGGUACACGUCGAUUAUUUUGGGCCAUUCCAAGGCCAUAUGGUUUUGGUGGUAGUUGACGCCCACACGACAUGGAUAGAUGCGAUUCCGACAGGAAAUUCUUCUUCUUCACCGACUACAAGCAACAAGUUGCGAACCAUUUUUUCUACUUUUGGGAAACCUGAAAUGGUCGUUUCAGACAACGGUCCGGCCUUUACUUGUGCAGAAUUCAAAGAUUUCAUGGAGAAAAAUGGAAUAGGACAUUUAACUACUGCCCCGUACCACGCUGCUUCGUAUGGCCUCGCAGAGCGUGCAGUUCAGACAAUAAAGCACGGACUAGCCAGACAGACAGAAGCGGACUUGGCCACCAAGUUGUCACGCUUUCUAUUCAGCUAUCGCAUAACAUCGAACAACUCAACCGGUGCUUCGCCUGCAGAAUUAAUGUUCGAGCGGCAGUUGCGCACACGACUCGACCUGCUUAAUCCAUCAACGCAUGAUAGAGUCAUUGCAAAACAGACGAAGAUGAAAGCACGAUAUGAUGUGAACACCCGAUCACGAGUCGUCGCACCUAACGAAAGUGUCUACACGCAACUGGAACACGAAAGGAACUGGUGUCCAGCGGUAGUUCAAACAAGCGAGGGGCAAAUAGUGGAAUUAGAGUUAGAAGAUGGGAGAAUUGUGCGUCAACAUCUGGACCAAGUUCGAAGCCGAACGGACACAGUAAGUAGAGAAUUCGGAAUGUUCCAACUGCCAGCAACCCUUGAUAGGGAUCCUGACAUCCCGAGGACUGAACGCCUACUGCCUGCACAGAGCACUACGCCACCGACCAAAGCGUAUGUUCCACUUCCUUCUACCUCGGCCGGCACUAGCUUAGGGGCAGAGGAGCCAGUGACUGCACAAAGCGGCGCAGAAGUAGAAAAUACCGCCCUGAGAAGGUCGACCCGAAUACGCAAACCUGUCCAACGAUUUCAGAACGAAUCUUAUUAGAACAUUGUCUGACUAUCCACUAUUACCUUUACUGUUUCCCCCCUCCCCCUAUGCUCUCCACUUUAGGGUGGAGGGAUGCAGCGUAUCCGGCUCGGGCCGUCAGGACAUCAUGCCACAAACGCGUGACAAGCGAACGAUCAAGGUCAUGGCCCCCUGUUCACACCUUCUUUGAGCUGAUUGGCCACCCAUUGGCCUAUGACAGUCCCCCUUGCCAUAUACCCGGCUGUUCUCGCAAGCCUCCUCACUUGUGCUGUCUAUCGUACUCAGUACACGUCCUAUUUCCAAUUACCCUUCUGUUUUGCAUACCUAACAAUCCCCAUCUCAGAUCCAUGCAGAAAGUGUUCAUUUCACUCAAGCUGCAUCCCGUACUAAGAAGCGGUAGCUGGCAAACAUUGAGUUUUUAUGGAUAAUAAAACUCGCAGAUGGUCUUCGCUUCCCGUUUCACAAUACUAAUAAUAAUAUUAAUUGUUCUUGAAGACCCGUCGAGGUUCCAUCUAAGCAAGUAAAAAUAGAUUUACAUAUGCAUUUUAGACGAGGCAGGCAAAAUCUGUACGAAAUGCAAUUCAUAUUAUCGAAAAUUUUAGUCCCUUAAGAAAAAUGAUGGGCGAGCCGCGAAAGCAUAACUCAACUUAGAAAUUUCAAAAUGAUUGGAUUUAUAUCGAAGGCGAAAAAAUCCUGGCUAAUAAUAACAUAAAAAUGCGGGCAGAACUGGCCUGCAUGUGGCUCUAUAUAACGGAUUAUAAUCGGACAUCGUCAGGGCAGAAAUAAAUGUCAGCCUUGAGGGAGAUGUAUGCGGGUGGGAAAGGACUGGUCAGCAUGUGGUAUUGUAUGCGGGAUUCAGAACUGACAUCGUCGUCUGUGUGGAACACCGUCAAAAGCCUUUCGGAACACAAUGUACACCGCGUCAACUGAAAAGCCUAUGUCGAUCGAUUUCAUCCAGCUCUCCGUGCAUACCAGCAGGUUAAUGCGACAGGAUCGACCUCUUCGAAUUCCAUGCUGAUGCACACUGAGCAAGUGGUUUUCUUCAAGAUGCCGCAUUAGCUCCGUUUUUAUGUCCUUGUAACAGAUGCUUGUGAGACUCACUGGUCUGAAAAUAUUUGGGGCUGUUCUCUCGCCACCUUUAUAUAUGGGGCUUAUAUUUGAUUUCUUUCAGUCGGUAGGCAGAGCCCCCGUCUACAUCGAAGUUCUGAAGAUCUUGGAUAACGGAGAGGCCAGUUUGUCUGAGAGUUCAUUCAGGACUUUUGCGAGCACGCCGUUCGGAGCAGGGGAUUUAGUGGGCUCUAGUUGACUCGAAGUUUUCCUUGUCGUGUCUGUUGUGAAGUCGUCCGUGCAAAUUGUAUUUCUUGAUUUGACUAUUGGGAAGUAAACUUUUUCAUCAAAAGCCGACUCUUCCCUUUUUACAUAAUUUAAGAAAACACUACGAACAUGUGCGCUGCUGCCUCCACUGGAAGAAUAGCAAGAAGUGAAGCAAAAGUACCUCCCUUGAAAGGCUCAUCAGAAAUGCCUUCUGUAACAGAUACGGCUGUACCGGAUCGAAUAGCAAAAAAUAAAAUUGACAGCAGUCAACGAGGAAACCGGAAAAACAAGAAGAAAUCCGGCUGUAAAAAAGCCAAAGAAACUGAACAGCCGCUUCUAAGUGAUAUUCCCACAGCACCCGAGCCAGAAACCACGACAACUGCCCCGUCCACAACGGUUAAUGCCGAAAGUCCAAAAACAGUUCGUAACGCCCAGAAAACUCUUCGAUCGGAUGGGCCCAGCACAAGUAGUGGUAUUGAGGCAAUUACCGAACCUGCAGACCAUCAUUUGCUACCGUCCAUAUCAGCGGUCUCCUGCAAGUCAGUUAAAACUGGCGUCCGUCAUCGAAACCGCGAUAUAGAAUGUGCUCCACCACCGCCAUCUAAUACCCUUAAAGUACCACAUCCACUAGAGGGAAAUACGUCAACAAAAUAUACGAACGAUAUCGCCAGAGACCAAUGUCUCGUUAUUCAGGGGCUCCCUGAAUCUAAUGCCAACACUCCUAAAGAGCGGGUUUCGGAAGAUCUAAGGCUUCUCCAGAGCUUGCUCAACAAUAUCCUGGAACCUACUGAGGUAAUUGAAGUACUCAAAGCCUUUCGUCUUGGAAAACGGACAAAAACUCUGCCCACACCAACACGGCCCCGACCUCUCAAAGUUGUGCUGGCUUGCAAGGAGCAAGCUGGGUUGAUUCUAUCUCGGCGCUUUAAAAUAAAAGGCACCAGCCCCGGCGUUUUUUUUCAACCGGAUUACUCGCCAGCAGAGAGGCUGAAACGUCGUCUUUUAGUUCUAGAGCUGAGGAAAAGACUCAGCGAAGGAAACCUGAAUUUGGUUAUCUACAACAACCAAAUCAGACAGCGCCCAUCAUCCUUUCUUUGGACGAGCCCGAUCCGGAUGACCGCGCAACUAGAAUAGUAGGCGAAAGUCCUAGACGCAUCGAAAUUACUUCUCUGCCAGCCAUAAAUCGUAAACUGAACUGCUUAUAUACAAAUGUGCAGAGCAUGUUAUCGAAAGUUGACGAGCUAAAGGUCCAUCUAUCUGAUCUAUCCCCGGAUAUAAUCUCACUUACAGAAACUUGCCUGAAUCAGCAGGUGGACAACCGUGAGUUAACUAUACCAGGAUACCAGCUGUUUAGAAGAGACAGAUCAGGACGCCAGGACGGAGGUGUACUCACGUAUGUAAAACACGGGCUUAUAGUCUCAGACAAAACAGAUAAACUUUCGUGUACUUCUGAGGCAAUUUGGCUAACUAUAAAAACCCCGGGUUCACCGAGCCUUGACGUCCUGACGGUCUACAGACCGCCGAGAAAUGAUCCCACGGCGGACGCCCGUUUGAUCGAGGACCUGGAAGGAUUCUCUAUCCGGUCUGACGUCUUAAUUAUGGGGGACUUCAACGCACCUCUUAUCGACUGGAGUUCAGCUUAUGCGUCUGGUCCAGACCAUGCUUUCGACCGACGUUUGGUGGACAUGACCUUCAAGGUAUUUCUCAUUUAGCACGUCUCUUUUUCGACGAGGGUGCGCGAAGGGCAACAGUCAAACUGUCUGGAUCUACUCCCUACGAAGUCACUGGACAGCAUUGAUGAGGUGCAAUGUCUACUCCCUCCCCCCCCCUAGGUCGAAGCGACCGCAUCGUACUGUUGUCGGAGUACUCCAUUUUUUCUCUGCCCGAACAGGCCACCAGGUUUGGAAGGAACAUUUGGCGCGGUGACUUUGCCCGAAUGAAAUCUGAGCUAAAUACCAUAAACUGGGAAUCAACUUUUUUCAGUGAUAUAAUAGAGGAUUGGGACUGGUUUUGCGGGUAACCGCACGCACUUCUCAAAGCCCACUGUCCUAUUGCACGGAGAAACUGAACAGCAGACCCCCGUGGCUAAUACAAGCAGUAAAAAAAGAAGAGAAUAAAAAGCGGAGGUUAUGGAGAAAAUCCCUCUCGGAUAGGAGCUCUGUGUCGAUAAAUACAUACAAAGCACAGAGGAACCUAGUUAGGAGGUUACUCCUCGGGACGCAGCGUACUUUCGAGAAAGCCCUACUGAAUCGAGCCGCAGAAAAUCCGAAGUUAUUCUAUGGUUACAUAAGAAGAAGCCCACGAAACAGAGAUCCAAUCCCCUUACUGAAAACUAGUGACGACCAAGAACUCAGUGAAGCCGGAGAAAAGGCAGAGGAACUUUCACAAUUUUUUUAAGCCCAUCUUUACGAAGGAGAGCACAUUUCUCCCUCCCGCUGCGACAUGGUGGACGGGCCAACGAUUGAGCACGCCUCUUUCGCCGAAGCUGUUGUUCGCAAAGUACUGUUGACGCUGAAUGAGUCCAAAUUACCUGGGCCGGAUGACAUACAGCCGAAAUUGUUGAAGGAGCUUGCUGGAGAACUAUCUAAACCGCUGUCCAUGCUCUUCCAAGCGUCGUUCGAAACAGGCUUCUAGCCCGCCGAUUGGAAAUCCGCGCGGAUCACGCCAGUUUAUAAAGGCGGCAGCAAGGUCUUAACAAACAACUACAGACCAAUCAGCCUUACCUCAAUUCGCUGCAAAAUUAUGGAAAAAAUAAUUAAGCGACAAAUUAUGCACUUCCUAGAAGAGCAUAAUCUGCUAUGUGACACCCAGCACGGAUUUCGUAGAGGCAGAUCAUGCGUGACAAACCCACUUUAUUGUUUAGAUCGUUAGAACCGGGCAUUCGAUGGCGGCAAUGCAGUGCACGCAGUCUACGUCGACUUUAAGAAGGCAUUCGACGGUGUACCACAUCAGCGUCUCCCGUACAAAUUAAGCCGGACAGGCAUAAGGGGUAAUCUCCUGAGGUGAAUACAAAGUUUCUUGAUCGGUCGCUCUCAAAUCGUCCACGUCGGUGACAGGCAGUCGGCGGAGGUAGCGGUUGAAAGCGGGGUUCCGCAAGGCUCCGUUCUUGGCCCAACCUUAUUCAAUGACUGCAUCAGUGAACUGAAUUGUGAUGUCGCCCUGUUCUCUGAUGAUGUUAAGCUUUGAAGCGUCAUUUGAACUGAAUUGGAUGAAAAGCGCUUGCAGGCAGACCUGACUCGACUGGAAAAAUGGUCACAAGACUGGCUUUUGCCGUUUAAUGUGACUAAGUGCAAUGUUUUGCGAGUCGGCAGGACCCGAACUCUAAGCCGGAGGGUUAACUACCUAAAUGGCGUACCACUGCAGGAGGUAGACGCCCAGAAAGACUUGGGUGUGUAGGUAACAGCUUCUCUAAAACCGUCGCUCCACUACUCCAAGGUACCCAAGUCUGCGAUGUCAGUCCUUUAUCUUGUCAAGAGAGCUUUCUCUACCUUCCAUGAGAACUGCUUCGUUAAAGUCUUUCGGACUUUCGUACGGCCACAGUUAGAGUUUGCUAUUCAAGCGUGGAAACCUUGGACCUCUAAAGAUCUCAGCAUUCUUGAGAAAGUCCAAAGGCGGGCGACCAAACUCGUAAGUGGACAGGGUUCACUACCCUAUGCAACACGAUUGUCCAAUCUCGGACUUUUUCCACUGAGUUACGGACAGCGAAGAGGCGACCUUAUACAAACAUUCCGUUUACUGCGCAGCCACGACUGCUGUCUCGUACCUGCUGAUUUCUUUGAGUUAGCGACCACAACGAACCUCCGAGGUCAUCCACUUAAGCUACGCGUAACUGGCGCCAAGCUGGUUAUUCGGAAGUUCUUCUUUUCAAACAGAGUGAUCGAGGCCUGGAAUGCUCUGCCUACAGAUGUCGUCAUGUCCACCUCCGUCGAGGCUUUUAAGCGCAAGUUGGACCAAUGUGCCACCAAACGUCAUAAUGCCACCUGA